AAAUAUGGCAGGCAGCUCUGCUACCAUUAAAAAGUGAUAUUCUACAAUGUUGAUAAAUGUCAAACAGGUUUUUUUUUUGUAAAAAAUAAUCCUAAAUUUUUAGUAAAAUAAGUGCGAUAUUGUUGUAAUUAAAUGAAAUAAGUCGGUGGAUCGUUUCCGCGUACGCGAGUGCCUUAAAAGACGGUGCGAACGGCGGACAAAUGCGAGUGUUUACAGUUUUGGCUCGAUGAAAGGCGAAAAAUAAUUUGGAGGAAUUCACAAAAGCAACUUUUCUACAUAAAGAAGAACCAAUACGUCAAAUAUGGGUAUUAUUGAUUCCUGCGUUGUUGAAAAUUUGCACCAGUUUAUCGCAGUCGGAAUGGAUGGCCAGCAAUUUACGAGAUCGACAACGGGUACCUAAGUUUAUCUAAGCAACUGUCGUCUCUGGUAUGAACCACUGUUGUCGAAAUGAAUCAGAAAAGCGGCAACAUUCCUUCCGCUUCGAGAAAUCCUGCAUAUAAUGCCGCAGCGCUGGAAAAAAUAAAAAAUGAUUUGAAAUCAUACGAAACAGGAAUUCCUCAGAGUUCCGCUGCAUCAAAGCUAAUACGUAAAACAAGUAUUGAAAGAGAAAUACCACCGUCAUCGCUACAUCUGCCAAGAAACAGCCCUGCUUUAGAUUCUGGAGCGGGAAGUUCGCGGUCGAAUAGUCCGCACUCACAACAGCUAGGGACGGGUAGAGUUCAAUUCUCGCCCUCUCCCUGUCCAUCUAAUUUUAGUGAUGUACCACCCUUACCGCCACCACGAUGUUCAUCUACACCUUCAACGCCCCCUCCCCUACAGUUUCUCAAACGUAUGUCACCUGCAUCGAUGGCCACAUCACGAAACGGCCAAUUUCAGUCCCAAAGCCCUGCCCGAGGAACAUCACCAAUAUCAAGCAACAGCAAUCUAAGGCCGCCCAUCAUAGUGCAGAAUGGACCACAAGUCCAACAACAGUUAAACCAACAGAUGUCCUUUUAUAAUAAUAAUUCGGCGGAACCACCACCCCCAUAUCCAAUAUCGCCAAUUAGUCAAGUGGCGCCGCCGAGUUAUAUGGCAUCAAUGAAUUGCCGUCAAAGUCCUACACAAUCAUCGCAAGAUUUUCGUAAAAGUCCAAGUUCGGGAAUCUACUCAAGUGCCUCGGCAGGUUCGCCCUCGCCAAUUACUGUGUCGCAAAAUGCCAUCUGCAGUAGUUCAACGGCCAAACCUAUUGCCUUACCGCCAGCCAGAGGUGCUCGCCAAACCAAUACGCAGCAUCCUAUCAUAAUGCAUUCAGUAAAGUCAACCCAGGUCCAAAAACCUGUCCUCCAGACUGCAGUGGCUCCUUCAGCACCGACAACGGGUAAUGUAACGUGUGUAACCCCGAUACAACCGUCUAACCCAAGUCCCGCUCCACCGCCACCAUCGUACGCCACUUCCCUAGAGCAGAAGCAGAAGCUGAGCAAGAAGGCAGUCGUCAAUGCCCUGUCCCCACAUCCACAUAUCGUCCCAUCGGAAAGAGGGGCCGGAGGUGGAGGAGGAUCAGGAGGAGGAGCAGGUGGAGGGAAGAGUAUUCCAUAUCCUGCUGCCAACACGGGAACGACAAGUACAAUAAGUGGCAGCGUCGAUCCACCCUCAUAUGAUACGACAAUGAUUUUGAAGCAGAAACAACCGCCACCCCAAACGAGAAAUUCGCAACCACCUCCUCCAUAUUCCGAGGGUAGCAAUGCCUUCAUCGCUAGCAGUAAUAACGAUGAUAAUAAUUUACAUGACCUGAAUGCCGGUAAUGCUGUACAUAGUAAUAGUAAUAAAAAUAAUCUCAUAAAUCAUGCUAAUAACAAUAGUCAAUGCUUUAGCAAUUUAAUAAACAAUAAUAUUAAUAAUAAAAACAAUCAUAAUAGUAAUAAUACUGAUAAUAAUAAUAUGAAUAAUAAUAACAACAAUGGUGAUAAAGUUGAAUGUGAUGGAAAAACUAUGAGCGACAACCUGAAUUACGGUAUUUCGUCUAGUUCAAAACUGUAUGAACCAAGUAUAAAAAAUAUCGCAAAUAAUAACAACGCCGGCGGAAAUAAUGGUGGCAAAACUAUGAAUAACCUUCCACCGAACGGUGCAUCUGCUGGUCGGGUGAACAAUAGCCAGAUGCAGCACCUCGAUGCCUGCAGUAGUAAUAAAAACGACCAAAAGCACGCCUAUAGACCGGCCAAUACCAAGCCUAAUGGUAUAACGCCGAAUCCUUCUCCCGGAACGGAUGACCAUCCGGAGAGGUCAUCUCCUGCAAGCAAGACUCACCCUCACGGGGAACCUUCCAAGAAGAUCAAACACCAAUCGCCUAUCCCGGAACGGAAACACAUUUCCAAAGAAAAGGAAGCGGAACGUUUCGAGUGCAAGGUGCGUCACUAUUCGCCGCAAGCGUACAAAUUCUUCAUGGAACAACACAUCGAAAACGUGCUGAAAUCCUACACCCAGCGAAAUUUCCGCAUCCGGCAGCUGGAGAGCGAAAUGUCGAAAAUGAACCUUCCGGAGGAAACCAAGAUCGAGAUGCGGAAACUCCUCUGGCAGAAGGAGAGCAACUACAUACGACUAAAACGCGCCAAAAUGGACAAAUCCAUGUUCUCGCACAUCAAAACCAUCGGAGUGGGCGCAUUCGGCGAAGUGACCCUGGUCAAGAAAAUCGACACCCCCAACCAUUUGUAUGCGAUGAAAACGCUCCGGAAAUCAGACGUACUAAAACGAAACCAGGUGGCGCACGUUAAGGCCGAACGCGAUAUUCUGGCCGAGGCGGACAACGAAUGGGUCGUUAAGCUGUACUAUAGUUUUCAGGAUAAGGACAAUCUGUACUUCGUCAUGGAUUAUAUUCCAGGAGGUGAUCUGAUGUCGCUUCUAAUCAAAAAAGGGAUAUUUGAAGAAGAUUUAGCCAGGUUCUACAUUGCCGAGCUGACGGUGGCUAUUGAAAGUGUCCACAAGAUGGGAUUCAUCCAUAGGGACAUUAAACCGGAUAACGUACUGAUCGAUAAGAAAGGUCACAUCAAACUUACCGACUUUGGUCUCUGCACGGGGUUUCGCUGGACGCAUGAUUCGAAGUACUAUCAAAAGAAUGGAGAUCAUGCAAGGCAAGACUCAAUGGAAGCAUGGAGUAAAGCUGGUUCAGAGAUUCCGCCCCCAUUGGAAAGGCGAAAAUUUAGGGAGAAAAACCGAGCAAAGGCCCACUCUAUCGUCGGUACACCGAACUACAUUGCUCCCGAAGUUCUAUUGCGAAGUGGCUACACUCAGCUGUGCGAUUGGUGGAGUGUCGGUGUGAUAUUAUAUGAAAUGCUGGUUGGCCAACCUCCUUUCCUGGCGAGUACGGCAGAAGAAACCCAGAUUAAGGUGAUAAACUGGCGGCAAACGCUGAAGAUUCCUCCGGAAGCGAAGCUUUCUCCAGAGGGUCAAGAUAUUAUCCUUCGGCUGUGCAAGAAUGAGGAUGAACGCAUGGGCAGGGAUGUGAAUAAAAUCAAAUCUCAUCCAUUUUUCCGGACCAUCGAUUUUACGAAGGAUUUGCGGAACCAACCAGCGCCGUACGAACCAAAAAUCAAGUAUGCAACUGACACAUCAAACUUUGAUCCAAUUGAUCCGGGAAAGCUGCAAGACUCAUCGUGCGAGGAAAGUGGCCAGAGCUUCGACGAUGUGUUCGAUAGCAGCAAACCCUUUCAUCAUGGAUUUUUCGAAUUCACUUUUCGGAGAUUCUUCGACGACGAUGGCGAUCAUAAAAUAUCGCUCGACGCCAGCGACAAUCAAACCGAAGCUAUAUAUGUGUGAAAUGCGGAGAGUUUUACUAACAAUUAUAUAUAUGAACAUUAUGUUAAUACUCUUAAAAUAUUAGCAACUAUAUUUAAAAAUACGAUAUGUAAAAAUAAUAUACGAUAUGUAAAAUUA